AAGCAAGUGUGAGAGAUAUUGAUCGUUUUAUCAUAAUCACGAACUCGAAACUGAUUGAAUUAAUUGAAUAGUAUGCUAGCUUCCACCCGACAUCAACUUGUAUUCGCACUACUAAAUGAAAACUAGGACCUUUACUAAAACUAUUCAUUGUGGAUCCUAGCACGAUGCCCUGUAGACCGAAUCAAAAUUUUAAUUAGCUGUUGUCAAGUGAAGAAUCGUGCGGUUGCUUCAAAAACUAAAUUGAAAAUAUAAUUUCGUUUGUAGACACACUAAUCUCCUUUAACAAAGACCGCCAUCUACUCUCGUUUCAGAAAGGAUUAGACUGUGCUCCUUUUAGGCUUCUUCUUACACGAACCACAGCUUUGAACUUCAUUUAAUUUUAGACUGAGGUGUAAAAUCGCCACUCGAAGCCGAAUUGAAGAUCGCUACAUCAGCCGGAUCAAAGGUAAAAAAGAAUUGUAGCAGGGAGUUUCAAGCUGAGUGGUCAGGUUUGGUUUUUUUUUUCAUCAUUUAGACAAUAUGAUAUAGAUAUCAUGUAGGUUUUGCAAGGGUUGACUAAGAACAAUAAGAGUACCGUACACUCGAGCCUGAGUUGUAAGCACGGUUCGUCUUUUGAGAAGUUGCAAACAAAGCUGUUUCGUUGGUUCCUUUUUUGACACAGGAAUCUAGCAGAACCUGAAGUUCCUUUCUUUUCAGCGGAAAUAUCCAUCCAUGAGGCACAAAGGGACCUUUCUCACGCGUUGGUGGCGGAAGAAUUUAGUAGAACCCGGUGACACUUUUCAACAGAGACAACCUACUGGUUCUUGUGAAAGGCAAAAAGACGAGGAAAGUUCUUUUGUCACCAGUGCAAAACAAGUCGAUUCGAGGAACAGAAAUCUGACAGAAAAAGAAAACGAGUUGCAGGCCGAGAUGAUUAACUUUCACAUAACAGAAAACCAAGCAGCUCACAAAACAGAAAAUUACCCGGAGAUUGAGGAGUUAGUACUAAGGAGAGGGGAGGUGUUUGAUGUAACAGUCAAGUUUAACAGAGACUACAAUCCGGACUCUGACGUUAUCACGCUCCUCUUUGUCUCUGACGAAGAUAAUCCCAAAAGCAGAGAAAACAGUGUGCGCAUCAAGAUUCAAGAUAUCCUUCAGCUCUCGCAGUGGGGAAUGCAACUUAAAGAAGCCAACAAAAAAUCAAUUCACUUGUCAGUCAUGACGUCAGCGCAGGCAGUGCCCAGUCGUUAUGGCGUCAUGGUAGAAACAAAGUCCAGGGAAUCUUCAGGAGAAACAGCUUUGUAUCGAUGUAAAAACAGAGAACGGAUUUGUUUAAUCUAACCCUUUGACCCUUAAGGGACGUAACCGUUUGAUGGAAGACGUCUAGUUAAAACAGUAAAACUUCACCAAUUCCAUCUGAGCUAAUUAAAAAAGAAAAGAUCGUGCAGGUUAUAAUAAUUAGGCGUUGCUGUAUGUUUCACACGUACGUUGUAGAUAUUUCGAUAUAGAUUCCAACGUUUUUAAAUAUACUACGUACAACGGACAAUAAACAGUUUUAUUUUCCCCUUUA